AUGGCCCUAGGUUACACCUCCAAUGCCAACCCUAACUGGAAUGGCUCUCAGGUCGUCGACGUCUCCGGCAAGAACAUCGUCUUUGUCAAUUUCAACUAUAGAGUCGGCUUAUGGGGGUUUCUGGCGAGCGAGCGCAUCCGGAAGGACGGAGAGUUGAAUGUGGGACUCUUGGACCAGCGACUUCUGAUGAAAUGGGUACAAACUCACAUCUCAAAGUUCGGCGGUGAUCCAAACCACGUCGUCAUCCAUGGUCUGUCAGCCGGUGCAGGUUCAGUGGCUCUCCACCUCGCUGCCUAUGGUGGAAGGGACGACAAGCUAUUCAUAGGGGCCAUGUCAGAGUCCGUCUUCUUUCCCGCUCAGCCCCGCGUGCCCGAACUCGAAUACCAGUUCAACAAGACUGUAGAGAAGGUGGGUUGUAAGGACGACAAGGACCAGAUGGGGUGCCUUCGAGGCAAAGACAUCAGAGCGAUUCAGGACGCCAAUGUCGCCUCGCCUUUCCCAGGACGAUCGGAAAAUCCGCGCUUUUACUGGACUCCUUGUAUAGACGGCGACUUGCUUCGGGACUAUCCAUACCGGCUUUACGAAAAAGGGUCUUUUAUUAAAGUGCCCGUGCUCUUCGGCACUGGAAGUAACGAGGGAUCAGUCUUUGCCGCCAACGUUGCAAGUCAGGAGGAAUUCGUCUCCUUCAUGAUGGACAACUACCCAAAGCUCACAAAGAACGAGACCGACCCCAUGUUGGAUAAGUACCCCCUCAUGACGGCUCUCCCGAAUCACAACGCCUGGUUCCCCUCAGCCAGCCAGGCCUACGGUGAGACGACCUUCAUUUGCCCGGCCAACAUCAUCAUGAACGCCUACGCGGCCGCGAACCGCUCCUCCACGAGCUGGGCCUACCGCUUCAACGUUCAGGACAAAGAAAACACGGCCUCCGGGCUCGGCGUCCCGCACGUUUUCGAGGCGCCCGCCAUCUUCGGCAUUGACGCGUGUCCGACACCAGACAGUUUCCGCACGUACAACAAGCCGAUCGUUUCGCUGAUGAUGAAGUAUUGGAUAUCGUUCAUCCGGGACCUGAAUCCAAACACGUAUAAGCUCGACGGCGCGCCGGACUGGGGCACCUGGGGGAGGAAUCAGUCACGGUAUGUGUUUGAGCUGGAAAAUAACCGCAUGGAGGACGUCGAUGACGGGCAGAAGUCACGGUGUGAUUUCUGGAAGAGCACCAUAGAAGUUAUGGAGCAAUAG